AUGAAGUCGAUGAAGGUUCCGGUGAUCUCACUGGACGCCACGGAUACCGAUGAGGAUGAGAACAAUCCAAACAACUUUAGACGAAAUGGAUCUGUCCGGAAAGUUAGAGAAAUUCAAAUGGAUGUGGCCAUCGGAGAAGCACCUGGCUCCCCGAGUACACUGGAUACUGUAUUCUCACGAUUCGGUAGAUCACAGUCGUUGAGGAGACCUCCGGCUGCAAAGAGUUCUACGAAAAAAGAUGAAUCGGGAACUCCUGGAAGCUCUCGAGCAGCCUCACCAACCCCGUCAUUCAUUGAUAUAUCUCCAAUCAUUCGGACUGCAUCACUUCGAGUCAAAAAUCAGCUGGCCAGUCGGCUCAGUGAGCCACUGAAAAAGGCGGAGAAUCGAAUCUCGAAACUGCUGACGACGGAGCCAGAUGGAGACGACGAGCAGUUUCAACACUACAGUCUUGUGCAUGGGUUGACGCUGAAAGGGUGUAAUAAUAAUAAUCAGGGGGAAGCUGAAGACGCUGGCUCGUCGAGUGAUGAAGACGAUCCGGAGUAUCUGGAACUUCUGGAAAGAGACUCGAUCAUCAAUCGAUAUGAAAAGGGACCGGAUGCAGUGGACGUCGAUGCCUGGGAGAAUCCAGACUUCGAAGUCUACACUAAUCUUGAUCGAUUCGGUUUUGUGCAUAAGAAAGGAGACAAAACCGAUGAACGGACAGAUGCGCAGAAGCGGCGGAUCAUCAAAGAGCUGAGUCGAGAGAAAAAAUGGUUGAAAAUGAUUGAAGUGUGGAAAUCGGGUGGACCAUCGAAGAAAAUGGAAGAUAGAAUUUGGAAGGGAAUCCCGGAAAAGUUGAGAAUUGUGAUUUGGCCUCGACUCCUCGGGGCUGAACGAAUGAAACAUGAGAGAAGAGAUAUGUAUUCGGAAUUGCUGUUACGGGCGAGACUCGUGUCGAAAGAUAUCAAACAGAUUGAUUUGGACAUCAACAGGACUUAUAGGGAUCAUUUGGCUUUUAGGAAACGAUAUGAUGUCAAACAAAAAUCUCUUCUAAAUGUGCUCGCCGCCUAUUCGAUGUACAAUACAGAAGUCGGCUAUUGCCAAGGAAUGUCUCAAAUCGCUGCACUCUUCUUGAUGUAUCUCGAUGAAGAAGACGCGUUUUGGUGUCUACAUCAACUGAUGGUCUCUCCAAAGCACACGAUGCACGGAUUCUUCGUACCCGGAUUUCCGAAACUUCAACGAUUCGAAGAGCAUUUCAAGAAGAUACUGAAGAAAUAUAAACCGAGAGUCUAUAAAUAUUUGGAAAAACAAGACAUUCCGUAUAUUUAUCUGACGAAAUGGUGGUUCGGAUGCUUUUUGGAUCGAGUGCCGUUCUCAUUGGCUCUUCGGUUAUGGGAUGUGUUUCUGGUGGAAGGAGAUUCAAUUCUAUUGGCAAUGGCAUACAAUAUUAUGAAAAUGCAUGAGAAAAGCAUUCGUAAGCACUCAAUGGAAUCGUUUAUGGAAUUCAUUCAAAACGACAUAGCCCAAGAUUUCGGAUAUUCGGAUGACGAAGUGAUGUAUUCUCUCCGAGAAACACUUACCAAAUUGAAAGGAGACCGUCAACACGUACCCCCACCACCCCGUCCUGAAGAUCUCUCAGAAGUGCCAACGAAGGCUCUCGGUCCGAUUCUCCAGAAGCCAAUGGCCUCCAUUCGAGAAGAGAUUCAUGAGAUUCAAUCGAGACGAAGCCGAGCGAAUUCCACCGGCCGCUCACCACAUCCGAAACGAAAAGAGUCGGCUCGCGGAGCAUCGAAAGGGCCGCCGCCAGUACAACACAAAUGGAAUGGAAACGCAUCGCAAGACUCGAUUAUUGGAAAUGGAAGAGAGGUGCCGUUUGAGAUCCCAACCCGACGUGUCACCGGCUCCCCAGCUGCCUCCGAUUCAUAUCCACCACCACACCAUCACAAUGGCUCUUCCACCACAUCGUCAUCAGCUCUUCCACCCACCGGACCCAGUAAGCGAGACUUUGUCCAGUCAUCCGCUGCAGGCACUCCCACUACUUCCUCCACCACCCAUCGAUACCAAAACCACCACAAUUCGAAUCCAUCUCGUGGCGGCACCCCGUCGGCACAACGACUUCGUGACGAACGAAAUGGACAAAUGGUCCUCCUGAGUCGUGCGAGUGACUCGGAACCUGAUGUCACCUCACCGACAACCAAUCAGAGAGACGGUGACUGGAACUCGACUGCCAACACUCAAAUCUCGACAGCCACGUCGAGAAUCACGCAUUCUGGCAACAACAUCACCAGAAUCGAGUUGGAUGGUGACGUCUCCGUCAUCUGA